GAGCCGGCUCGGCGGCGCGGCUCGUAGUGCUGCGGCCGGGCUCCGGGCGUCCCGGCGGCCACCAUGCUCAGCGUCGUGCACUUCCUCCGGAGCUUCUUCAAGACUCCAGAGCCAGGUGCACACCUGCCAGGUGAAGGUGAGAUUGAAGAUAACCAGCUCCCCACAUCCCCUGCAGAACAAGUGGAGCAGGGAUGGAACCAGCAAACAGACCGCGAUGAUUCUGAAACGCUGUCCCAGCAGAGUGAAAGUGGAUCAGACACAAAAACUGACCCCUUUGAAAGUGCCUCUGACACAGAGUCCUUGUCUGGGGACCUCCCGAGGGGAGUCUUCCACCCUCUAAGAGGUACUCCCGUAGAUAUAGAAGCACCUUGGGAAUACCCUGAUGUCUCAGCAACUGGACCCCCUCAGGAGCAGCAUUUGACCAGUGUUCCUGGGCUUCAUGCAAAGGAAGAACUCGAUUUGUCCCCUAGCUUAAAGGAUGACUCUUGCAAAAAUGGGUGGCGAGCCUUUGCCACAGUUGCUGGAGAACAGGAGGCAGGACACCUCUGGGACUGCGCGACCAGCCUGGAGCGAGAGUCUUUGCUGGCAGGGGUUCCCCGACACACAGGGUGCUGCUUACAGAGGGCCACAGACAGCAGUGGUCCCGAGCCAGUACAGGGGGUGGCUGUUCAAGACCUCAGAGGGCUCUCCAGUGUUUCUCUUCAGAAAUCCAGGUCUGAGAGCUAUCUGGGCAUCCCAAUGGUCUGGCCCUUCCUUCUGUGGUGCUGUGAACUGGGUCGGAGUUGGCCACAUAUCCACAACAGGGCCAGGGCACCGGUGCUACCUAGCAGAGGCCCACUGGACAACACAGCCCCUCUGGGGACCAGGACAAAGAAGGAAAGUACUCUAGGCCCUGCAGGGGACACAGAAUUGCUCUGGUCCCAGCCCCACUCGGAUGUCCCCUGCCAGCCUCCUUUGAGGACAUCUUGCCUCCUACGCACCAACCGUCACCAUAGUGCCCCAGAAACUACUGGUGACAAGAACAGGGCAUCCCCCAGACUCAACUGUGGGCACAUGAGGGCACUGGUCAGGGCCCAUUCCAUAGCAGGGUUUUCACCAGAGUGCCCCGAGGAUCCCGUGGGACAGAAUGUUGUGAAGUCUGGGACCCAUGUGAAGGAAGGGGCCAAAAAUGAACGAGAUCCAAGAAUACAAAACAUCCCUUCCCCUGUACCCACCCAGCUGUCUGGCCCGAUUCCUGCUUUUCAGAGUGGGGCUCCCCAUCUGCAGGGUCCCUGCAAGCCCGGUGGGUUUCGCUUGCAAAGGGCCUCUCAGGACACUCCUUCUGCAGGUCUCCUGGGGGAAAACCAGUUAAGACAGGAUUCCAGGUCAUGUCUGGUGGCUUCAUGCCUCACCUCAGAGUUAGUGAAGCUCAGUGCAGAGGAAGUGCCUGAGCCCGCUGAGUGCAAGUCAGAGCAAAGCCCAGAAAGCAGAACCCAGGAACCCCAAGGCACCCAACUCGCACCAAGAGCUGCUGAUGAGAGAGAGACACAGGAGCACCUCUGGGGCAUUUCUGUCCAGGCAGGAAACCAAACCAGUAAUUACACAUCAAAGUAUGUGCUCAGCGAGGAAAGCAAGUCACCUACCAGGGCCAAGUUCCCACGGCAGCCUAGCAGUGAGGGGACCCAGGUGUGGAGUGGAGACUUGAUGGGCUGCUCGGAAGUGAGUGACAGUUCAGAUGCCCCUGAGACCACCCAGAAAUCAAGCGCAAUAGACACUUCAAAGGCAGCGGAAGAAGGCAUGGUUCUAGACCCCAACUACAGGGAACAGGCUUUGCAAGGUCUUUCAGAAUUCAAGGCAGCCACGGUGUCUCACUGCGGCCCCGGGGCUGAGGAGGGUGAACAGGGGCCUGGGGGUGCCGGGGGCCGGCAGCUGGAGCCCAAAGUAGGCGGCGAGGCCUCGAGGGGCAGGGGCGCCCUCAUCAUUGUAGCUGUGGAGCAGAAAGGUCUUCAGGCCAGCAGGAGCAAUGCGGGGCCUGUUCCAGAAACACUGCCCCGUGACUUUCCUAAGGAAAGACCAGAAUUUCCCUUGAGCACUGGCGAGACCCCCUGUGAGUCUCCCACUAGGGGGAAAACACCAGCCGGUAAUGAGUGUGAGUUGCCAGCAGCCCCCAUACAGGGAGCUGGCGAUGGGGCUCUUCAGCGGGUGGCCCAGGCCGCAGAGCUUGGGAGAGUGCUGGUCCCCCAAGCUGCUUCGGAAGAGACGCCGAGCACAGAGGAGCCCCCGGGAGAGACACUGCGUGGGGAGAGCCGGAGCUCCGGGUCAGGGGAGCGCGGCCCGGAAGAGGCCCCCGAAGGCGGUGCUGCAGCAGCCCGGGGCCAGCGCCCCCGCGUCCCCGCCUUGGAGCCGCCCCAGCCGCCACGCGGGCUCCGCAAGGGCGCGCAGGAGCCUGGGAAGCGCCCGACGUUUUCCAAGGUGACCUCCUUCAGGAAGGGCAGGCCCUUGGCCGCUGAGAGCCCAGGAGGGGUUCCGGCCCCGACCACCGAGGGUCGCCGCUGGGGCUCUUCAGGCCCCGAGGGGCUCCCCAGGGAGAAUCCGCCCGCUGCGGCCCGUCGGGACGCACCGCCUCUGCACCACGGGGACGCCAGCGCCUGGCCCGAGUUUGUCCCGCAGGCUGCAGGCGACAGGACUGCAGGGCCGGCAGGAGCGGGGCACACGGGGACCUCAGGGGAUCUUGGUAGCCGAGGGCCUUCCUCUGAGAGCUGCAACGCAAAGAGACUCAAAACAACGGAGAAAAAACUCAGGGCAAGGUUGGCCUUGGCUCAUAAGACCUUUUCAAACUUUAUUGAGUCAAUAGUUCUAGAGAAAGAGAACACCCAUGAACGUUCCCCAGGUUCUCCCAAGGGCGAGAAGGAGAAGAGCAGGCUGCGCCAGGGUUCCUGGCGGGCGUUUCUGAAAAGCAAAGAUGCCGGAAGCCCCAAAAAGCCCACCCUAGUGAGUCUGCCUCUAGGACCCGAAAUUCUUUCCCCCGCAGAGACCGACAGCCACUGUGAGGAAUGGGCGGAGGACAAAGAGGGCUAUGUUUUUAGCGAUCACUGGGCACCCCCACUUGCCUCCACACCUUUGUCCUCCAGUUUAGUUUCUCCAGAACACAGGAGGAAAAGUGAACCGACCAUCAAGUGCACAGCCGCCCAGGAAGGCGGUAGGUACCUACCUUCAGGUAUCUUUCCGGAGAAGUCCUGGCUGGCGUCCCCCGGCAGCCCUCGGGCCCAGCAGGCUGGAAUCGCGCACACCCUGCCUUCCAGCUCUGUCUGCUGCCUGGCAUAUGAAAACCCCGGGACGCCCUGCAGACCCACGAGCCCCAAGCCCCUGAGUCCCAGGCCUAGUGCUCAGCGGAUGGGUCUCCACUACCCCGGGAGGGGUAGCGCCAUCUCCAUGGUUUCUCUUGGAAGCUACAGCUACGUGGACAGCAGUUCAGGGGACCCUGAAAGACCCAAGAUUCCCAAGGGCCAGACCAGUUUCCUGCUUUCUCUGCAGACGCUAAACCAAGAUGAGCAGAAGGAAGAGAGCAGGGAAGGAGGCCAGGGUCCGCGCGGCUUGGGCACAGUGCCCUGGCUCAGGGACCUUCCUGGGAGUGAGAACCACAUGCCCUGGGAAGAACCAGCAGGUGAGAAGCCCAGUUGCUCUCACAGUCAGAAGGCGUUCCACAUGGAGCCUGCCCAGAAGCCCUGCUUCACCACUGACAUGGUGACAUGGGCCCUCCUCUGCAUCUCUGCAGAGACUGUGCGUGGGGAGGCUCCUUCACAGCCUAGGGGCAUCCCUCACCGCUCGCCCGUCAGCGUGGAUGACCUGUGGCUGGAGAAGACACAGAGAAAGAAGUUGCAGAAGCAGGCCCACGUCGAAAGGAGGCUGCACAUAGGGGCAGUGCACAAAGAUGGAGUCAAGUGCUGGAGAAAGACGAUCAUUACCUCUCCAGAGUCUUUGAAUCUCCCUAGAAGAAGCCAUCCACUCUCCCAGAGUGCUCCAACGGGACUGAACCACAUGGGCUGGCCAGAGCACACACCAGGCACUGCCAUGCCUGAUGGAGCUCUGGACACAGCUGUCCGCGCUGACGAAGUGGGAAGCGAGGAGGACCUGUAUGAUGACCUGCACAGCUCCAGCCACCACUACAGCCACCCUGGAGGGGGUGGGGAGCAGCUGGCUAUCAAUGAGCUCAUCAGCGAUGGCAGUGUGGUCUGCGCUGAAGCACUCUGGGACCAUGUCACCAUGGACGACCAGGAGCUGGGCUUCAAAGCUGGGGACGUCAUCGAAGUGAUGGAUGCCACCAACAGAGAGUGGUGGUGGGGCCGGGUCGCCGAUGGCGAGGGCUGGUUUCCAGCCAGCUUCGUUCGGCUGAGGGUGAAUCAGGACGAGCCCACGGAUGACGACGCCCCUCGGGCCGGGAACAGCGGAGCGGAGGACGGCGGGGCGGAGGCGCAGAGCAGCAAGGACCAGAUGCGGACCAACGUCAUCAACGAGAUCCUCAGCACUGAGCGGGACUACAUCAAGCACCUGCGCGACAUCUGCGAGGGCUACGUCCGGCAGUGCCGCAAGCGCGCAGACAUGUUCAGCGAGGAGCAGCUGCGUACCAUCUUCGGGAACAUCGAGGACAUCUACCGCUGCCAGAAGGCCUUCGUGAAGGCCCUGGAGCAGAGGUUCAACCGCGAGCGCCCACACCUGAGCGAGCUGGGUGCCUGCUUCCUGGAGCAUCAAGCCGACUUCCAGAUCUACUCGGAGUACUGCAAUAACCACCCCAACGCCUGCGUGGAGCUCUCCCGGCUCACCAAGCUCAGCAAGUACGUGUACUUCUUCGAGGCCUGCCGGCUGCUGCAGAAGAUGAUUGACAUCUCCCUGGAUGGCUUCCUGCUGACUCCGGUGCAGAAGAUCUGCAAGUACCCUCUGCAGCUGGCCGAGCUGCUCAAAUACACGCACCCCCAGCACAGGGACUUCAAGGAUGUUGAAGCCGCCUUGCAUGCCAUGAAGAACGUGGCCCAGCUCAUCAACGAGCGGAAGCGGAGACUUGAGAACAUCGACAAGAUUGCUCAGUGGCAGAGCUCCAUAGAGGACUGGGAGGGAGAAGAUCUCUUGGUCAGGAGCUCAGAACUCAUCUACUCCGGGGAGCUGACUCGAGUUACACAGCCUCAAGCCAAAAGCCAGCAGCGAAUGUUCUUUCUCUUUGACCACCAGCUCAUCUACUGUAAGAAGGACCUGCUCCGCCGCGACGUGUUGUACUACAAGGGCCGGCUGGACAUGGACGGCCUGGAGGUGGUGGACCUGGAGGACGGGAAGGACAGAGACCUCCAUGUGAGCAUCAAGAACGCCUUCCGGCUGCACUGUGGCGCCACAGGGGACAGCCACCUGCUGUGCACCAGGAAGCCCGAGCAGAAGCAGCGCUGGCUCAAGGCCUUUGCCAGGGAGAGGGAGCAGGUGCAGCUGGACCAGGAGACAGGCUUCUCCAUCACUGAACUGCAGAGGAAGCAGGCCAUGCUGAAUGCCAGCAAGCAGCAGGUCACAGGGAAGCCCAAAGGCCACCCCCCUCUUCAGGCUGCUGCAGGAGGCCAGGCCCAGGCCAGAGACCCCAGGCAGCCUGAGCUCUUGGAUGUGGUCAGCUCUCCAGGAGCAAGUCCUGUGUGGCAAAACUGCCUCCUACGGUGGCUCUGAAGCACAGCCCUGGGACGGACCCCAUGCUACCCCCAACAGCUGGGGUGGCACUCUGCCCUGGGCACCCAUGACCCUCUGCUGUCUCUCCCUGUUCAGCUGUUGGCCGGCCCUGCUACCUGACGCGCCAGAAGCACCCAGCCCUGCCCAGCAGCCGGCCUCAGCAGCAGGUCCUGGUGCUGGCGGAGCCCAGGCGCAAGCCAUCUACCUUCUGGCACAGCAUCAGCCGGCUGGCACCCUUCCGCAAGUGAACUGGUCCCUACCUGACAGCACCUGCUGGGCCUUCCUGCCAGUGGCCCCCAGUUUUUCUUCCCCGAGGCCCACUCGGCCUGGCCUUCCUCUGCCUGCAAGUGAGCAGGGAUGGGCUGGGGAGUUGCUUGUGCCACCAAGACGUGCCAGGUCUGUACUCCUGUUGUCUUUUUCCCUGCUCCUGGUGCCCUGAAGAGACCAGCAAGGGGGCAGACCCCGCACUUGCCACACCCCCGCUGCAGCUUGGGCCCCAUCCGCCCUCUGGACCUGUGUAGGGCCUCACUGCUGGAGCGGGGAAACCGCAGCUCAGCCCAGGCCCAGCUGGGGAGAAGGCGCUACCUGCGUGGGACCCUCUUCUCUGGAAACCUAAUCCUCCUUUCAUUUCCUCUGGGCAGGACUCUCUGGCCUUCUGUGGCCUGCAAUGCCAGGCCAUGUGCCCCUCUGCCCUCUAGUUCUCCAAGUCCCCAGCCCGGCCAGUGGUGCCAGGCAGCUUGCCACUUGGGAGGGCAGAAACCAGGAAUUCCACACCCUUGUGUUGCGCCCGGAGCCCGCCCUUCGCCUCCCAGCGCCUCUAGACACCGCUGGCUGCUGGACACCCUCUUCACUUGUGUGUGUGUGUGUAGCGGAAAAGGACAAGACGGUGCAGUCGGCUGCAUACUCCCAGUCGGGAGUGUGGUCAGUCUGCCUGCUGCUGUGCGGUAGCUCCAGAACCACCUCGUUCCUGGUUUUGUUUGGAUUUUGGCAUCUUGUUUUUCUAACAAACAAACAAACAAACAAUGGAGAAAAAGAACUGAUUCUUAGUGACACAGAAGAUUGCCUUACGCUCGUGAGUGUGAGAAGCCAUAAGAGACCGAAUUCUGUGGCUCAGCACACAGGACUGACCCACAGCCCAGGCAGCGGGUGUGUGGAGAUGGCGCCCCGUCCUGCCAAGGGGCGCCAGGAGCAGAGCCUGGGCCUGGCGAGCUGGCGUGGAGCCCACAGGAUUCAGCAGCAUGGACAGUCACUCUUGCACUAUUCCUUCUCCAAGCCAGAAACCACAUUUAAUUUCAUAAAUAAAUUUAUGAAAAGUAA